AUGCUUCAUUUCACAUUUUACCUCAUCACUCCUUUUCUACUCUCACGCGCAAUACGCGCUGACACCUGUGCCUCAGUCAAAGCCUUGGGAUAUAUGAACAUAACGUAUGCUUUGGAUCUGGCCUACAUCGAGGAACACACCCAGUACUGGUCCACAUCGUGCUCGGCGCUUCUGCCCCCAUGUAUCAUCUUCCCUAAAAAUGUGGAGGAGGUAUCGACAAUUGUGAAAUUUCUUGCAAACACUCCAGAACCGUUCGCUGUCAAGUCAGUAAAUCUCGAUCAACGCACAGGCAUUCUUGAUGUAGGGCCUGGAAAUCGUCUUGAUGGAAUUUCUGCAAAGUUGCAGGGCACUGGUUGGACUUUUGUUGGCGGUCGAAUUGGCAACACGGAUGUGGGCGGUCUAGUUCUUGGUGGGGGGCUUAGCUAUAUGUCUACACAAUAUGGAUGGGCAGCAUCUUCGGUACUAGAGUAUGAGGUCGUGUUUGCAAAUGGCACUAUCGGACACAUCACCCGCGACGGGCAUCCUGACGUCUUGCGAGCGCUUAAAGGUGGAGGCAACAACUUUGGCACCGUCACCAACUACAAACUACAAGCACAUUCGCAAGGCAAAAUCUGGGGUGGCAAUCUGGUAUAUCUGCGCACACCUAAAAACGACGAGCAGCUGCUUCAGGCAGUUCGGGACUGGACUGAAUACAACGAAGACGACAAGGCUGCUGUCAUUGUUACAGCUGAGCGGGCAAACAUUAACAUCGUCGAUUCUUGGAUCAUCUUUCUGUUCUAUGAUGGACCAUUGCCACCGGCCGGACUUCUUGCGAACUUCACCGAUGCCAACCCGUUGCUUGGACACUACGGGAACACGAACCUAUGCUGA